AUGGAAAGAAAAGACCCACCCAGAAGCAGCCCCAGAAGGCUAUUGGCUAAACUUGGCAAAGUUAUGGAGAGGAAACAAAUGGCUCAUCACUUCAACAUGGCGGCUACUGAUUCAGAUAAGGACUCCGGAUUUUCAGAUGGAAGCUCAGAGUGCUUAAGCUCUGCAGAGCAAAUGGACUCCGAGGAUAUGCUGAACACCCUAAGCUGGCAUGGCGAAGAUGGGCCUCGUCAGAACUCCACAAUAGCAAGUAAUUCCUUUCCUGCUCUGUCUCCCAUGGUUGUCAUGAAGAAUGUGUUGGUCAAACAGGGCAGAAAUUCAUCCCAUCUCCAGUCUUGGACUGUCCAGCCCUCUUUUGAAGUGAUUUCAGCUCAGCCACAGCUAGUAUUCCUUCAUCCAUCUGUGCCACCUCCUGUUAGUCCACACCCAGCUGGUGAGAAGAAAAAUGACUCCAGGAACUACUUGCCAAUUCUAAACUCUUACACCAAAAUAGCUCCACAUCCAGGCAAGAGGGCCCUUGCCCUCAACCCAGAGGAGAGAGGAGAAACUGGUGUGCAGAAACGGGUCUGUACAGAGAGACACAGGACAAGCUUGUCUUCCACUGGGCUAACCAAGACUAGCAUUUUGUCAUCGAAUCCUUCUACUCCAAUGCCACCCAGCACAAAACUUGCUCAGGAUUCAGUUCAGCAGAGUUUGAGCUCUUUGGUGGCAAGUAGAAGUUUACAGACUGUUCCUGAUAGUCAAGCAGUGUCCAGUAGCACUAUGGCUAAAGCCCCAAAUUUAACCUUUGUUUCCCCUGCUAGCCCCCUUGGUUCAUCCGAUAGCACUUUGCAUGGGUUAGAGAGUCCCAUGCCACUUUCGACGUUAUUAGCUCCUUACAGCCCACCUGGAGCAGGAGACCAGCUCUGCCACUCUCCAGAAACCUUCCUAGAGCAACGGCAGAGCAAGCAUAGGCGCUUCCGGAACACCUUGGUGAUCUUGCACAGAUCUGGAUUGUUAGAGAUUACUUUGAAAACCAAGGACUUGAUUCGUCAGAACCAGGCAACUCAAGUUGAACUGGAUCGUCUGAAAGAGCAAACCCAGCUCUUGAUGGAGGCCACCAAGGGCAAUGCUCCUCAGGCUUGGGCCAAAUUACAAGCGUCUUUAACAUCUGUGUCCAAUCCAACUGGAAGUCACUUUGAGACUUUAUCUGCUCAUACAAACAUAUAGUAUAAGAAGCAUAUUUUACCAUCAUAUUUGAGUGAUUCUAAUACUUCUUACUGAUAUUUGCUUCUGUCCCCCAUAGCUUCUAGAGAAGCCUUAUCUUUGUUUAAUAGUUUCAGAACAUGGUUAAAGGCUCACUUGUGUGAAUAACCUACCAUUAAUUGGCUCUUGUUGCUAACCUGUGCACUAUGCCCAUAUUAUGUCAU